AGGUUAAAUGGAAACCAUCAUUGGGAGCUGGUUGCUUGUGUAGCCGUUUUAUCACAUCAGUGAAUUGCAAUGAGUGGAGGAGGAGAGCAGCCGGAUAUUCUCAGUGUUGGAAUCCUGGUCAAAGAAAGAUGGAAAGUGUUGAGGAAGAUUGGGGGUGGGGGCUUUGGAGAAAUUUACGAUGCCUUGGACAUGCUUACCAGGGAAAAUGUUGCACUGAAGGUAGAAUCAGCUCAACAACCAAAACAAGUUCUGAAAAUGGAGGUGGCUGUAUUGAAGAAACUACAAGGGAAAGACCAUGUUUGUAGAUUUAUUGGCUGUGGGAGGAAUGAUCGAUUCAACUAUGUGGUCAUGCAGUUGCAGGGUCGGAAUCUGGCAGAUCUACGCCGUAGCCAGUCCCGGGGUACAUUCACCAUUAGCACUACUCUUCGGUUGGGUAGACAGAUUCUGGAGUCUAUUGAGAGCAUCCAUUCUGUGGGAUUCUUGCACCGAGACAUCAAACCGUCGAACUUCGCCAUGGGUCGCUUUCCUAGUACAUGUAGGAAAUGUUACAUGCUUGAUUUUGGCUUGGCUCGACAAUUUACCAAUUCCUGUGGUGACGUCAGACCACCUCGAGCUGUGGCAGGCUUUCGAGGGACAGUUCGUUACGCAUCAAUCAAUGCUCAUCGAAACAGGGAAAUGGGAAGACAUGAUGACCUUUGGUCCUUAUUCUACAUGUUGGUGGAGUUUGUGGUUGGUCAGCUGCCUUGGAGAAAAAUAAAGGACAAGGAGCAAGUAGGCUCUAUUAAGGAGAGGUAUGACCACAGGCUUAUGUUGAAACAUCUCCCUCCAGAAUUCAGCAUCUUUUUGGAUCACAUCUCCUCUUUGGAUUAUUUUACAAAACCAGACUACCAGCUUCUGACAUCCGUGUUUGACAACAGCAUCAAGACCUUUGGAGUAGUUGAGAGUGAUCCUUUUGACUGGGAGAAGACUGGAACGGAUGGCUCCCUGACGACCACCACUACUUCCACCACCCCUCAGCUGCACACCCGCCUGACCCCCGCAGCGAUCGGAAUUGCCAAUGCCACGCCCAUCCCAGGAGACUUGCUUCGAGAAAAUACAGAUGAGGUGUUUCCAGAUGAGCAGCUUAGUGAUGGGGAGAAUGGCAUCCCUGUUGGUGUGUCACCAGAUAAAUUGCCAGGAUCUUUGGGACACCCACGUCCCCAGGAGAAGGAUGUCUGGGAAGAGAUGGACGCCAACAGGAACAAGAUAAGGCUUGGGAUUUGUAAGGCUGCUACCGAAGAAGAGAACAGCCAUGGUCAAGUAAACGGUAUUCUGAAUGCUCCAAGCCUUGGUUCACCAGUUCGUGUCCGCUCAGAGAUUACUCAGCCAGACAGAGAUGUUCCAUUGGUGCGGAAGUUACGUUCCAUCCACAGCUUUGAGCUGGAAAAACGUCUUACACUGGAGCCAAAGCCAGAUACCGACAAGUUUCUUGAGACCUGCCUGGAGAAAAUGCAGAAAGAGUCCAGUGCAGGAAAGGAAUCUCUUCUCCCUGCUCUGCUUCAUAAGCCUUGUGUUCCUGCUGUGUCCCGUACUGACCACAUCUGGCACUAUGAUGAAGAAUAUCUUCCAGAUGCUUCGAAGCCUGCCUCUGCCAACACCCCUGAACAGGCAGAUGGCGGUGCCAGCAAUGGAUUUGUAGCAGUUAACUUGAGCUCCUGCAAGCAGGAGGUUGAUUCCAAAGAAUGGGUGAUUGUGGACAAGGAGCAGGACCUUCGGGAUUUUAGGACAAAUGAAGCUUUAGGCCAUAAAACAACUGGAAGCCCUUCUGAUGAGGAACCUGAAGUACUUCAAGUCCUAGAGGAAUCGCCUCAAGAUGAGAAGCUCCUACUGGGUCCUUGGGCAGAAAGCGAUCAUUUAAAGAAAGAACCCUCAGGUGUGGUCUUAGCACUUUCUGGGGAGUGCCCUGCCGCUGCUGCUUCGGAACAGUAUACGGAUAGGCUAGAACUCCAGGCUGCUGGCCCGUUUAUUGCAGUGACACCCACAAGUCCGAUGGAGGCGCAAGCAGAAGGACCCCUCACAGCGAUUACAAUUCCUAGACCCUCUGUGGCAUCUACACAGUCUACUUCAGGAAGCUUUCACUAUGGUCAACAGCCAGAGAAGAAAGACCUUCAGCCUGUGGAACCCACCGUGGAACUUUACUCUCCAAGGGAGAACUUCUCUGGCCUAGUUGUAACAGAGGGCGAACCUCCUAGUGGAGGAAGCAGAACAGACUUGGGGCUUCAGAUAGAUCAUAUUGGUCAUGACUUGUUACCCAAUAUUAGAGAGUGUAACAAAUCUCAAAACCUGGGACCAAAAGACCUUCCUGACCAUAACAGACUGGCUGUGAGAGAAUUUGAGAGUCUCCCUAGGGAAACCGAAGAGAAAAGCAAUCUUCUAGGGUCAGAUAAUGAAGAUGAGAAGUUAAGUAAAGGGCAGCAUUAUAUUGAGAUCGCCUCCCUUCCAGGAGACUUGGUAACUGUGGAAAGGGAUCACUCAGCUACUACUGAACCUCUUGAUGUGACAAAGACACAGACUUUUAGUGUAGUGCCAAAUCAAGACAAAAAUCAUGAGAUAAUGAAGCUUCUGGCAGUUGGAACUUCAGAGAUUUCUUCACGAGUCAUUGACCCAUAUGUUGAAGGACAGAUAGGUCAGGUGGCAGCAAUGCAAAAAAGUAAGAUAUCUAAGGAUGAUGACAUCAGGAGUGAAGACUUGCCAGGUCAGCAGGGGGACCUGUCUACUUUUUUGCACCAAGAGGGUAAGAGAGAGAAAGUGGCUCCUAGGAAUGGAGAAUUAUUUCAUUGUGUUUCAGAGAGUGAACAUUGUCCCCCAUUCCGGAAGGACGUGAUUAGGUCAUCCUUUGUAACUAGACACAGCCGAAUCCCUGUUUUAGCACAAGAGAUAGACUCAACUUUUGAAUCUUCCUCUCCAGUCUCUGCAAAAGAAAAGCUCCUCCAAAAGAAAGCUUAUCAGCCAGACCUCAUCAGGCUUCUGGUGGAAAAAAGGCAACUCAGGUCUUUCCUUGGGGACCUCUCAAGUGCCUCUGAUAAAUUGCUGGAGGAGAGACUAGCCACUGUUCCUGCUCCCUUCUCUGAGGAGGAAGUCUUUGCUCCCUUUUCGAGACUGACUGUAGACUCGCACCUGAGCAGAUCAGCCGAGGACAGUUUUCUGUCACCCAUCAUUUCCCAGUCCAGAAAGAGCAAAAUCCCAAGGCCAGUUUCAUGGGUCAACACAGACCAAGUCAGUAGCGCAACUUCAGCUCAGUUCUUGCCUCGGCCACCACCAGGGAAGCCUCCCACAAGGCCUGGAGUGGAAGCCAGGCUCCGCAGAUAUAAAGUCCUAGGGAGUAGCAAUUCCGACUCAGACCUUUUCUCCCGCCUGGCCCAAAUUCUUCAAAAUGGAUCUCAGAAGCCCCGGAGCACUACUCAGUGCAAGAGUCCAGGAUCCCCUCACAAUCCAAAAACACCACCCAAGAGUCCAGUUGUCCCCCGCAGGAGUCCCAGUGCCUCUCCUCGAAGCUCUUCCUUGCCUCGCACGUCCAGCUCCUCACCAUCCAGGGCUGGACGGCCCCACCAUGACCAGAGGAGUUCAUCCCCGCAUCUGGGGAGAAGCAAGUCACCUCCCAGCCACUCAGGAUCUUCCUCCUCCAGGAGGUCCUGCCAACAGGAGCAUUGCAAACCCAGCAAGAAUGGCCUGAAAGGAUCCAGCAGCCUCCACCACCACUCGGCCGGCACCAAAGCCCCCCCAGGGAAGAGUAAGUCAGCUACUAAACUCAGCAGAUAGGAGCUGGGCUGCAUCUCUGUGAAAGGUGUGAGAUCUUCCUCCUAAACCUGAUGCAUGUGUGGCCCUGUACUGUCUAUUUAAAAAAUCAGUGUUGAUCUUCUCUUGCAAAAGAAAGUAACAUGAUAAAUUAUUUAUAAGAAGACAUAAAUAUAUGAUAAGGAAUUACCUAAGGCAGGCAGCAAGCAGGUCAGGGAUCAAUGCCUUUGCAUAGGAAGGGGCAAUCCAGCAAAAUCCACGGGGGAGAUUAAAUGAACUCUCAUUUUUCAGCUGCCUUUGAAACAAAAGAGUUGACGGUAGGAAAUGGAAUGGAAUUUUAAGGGGUUUGGCCUGUUUUUUUAAGGCAUUGUUAAAGAUUAUAUAGCAAAAGUGAAAUUUCUUGUUUUAAUAUUUUCAUUCAAAACUUCCCAACCUUAGAGAGUCAGAAUUGCUCCAAUAGGAGGAUAUGCAACCAGUCUGUUGCUGGGAAGCCAGUGCUCAUAUCCCCGAGGCUUGUGUGUGUUUACUGGUGUAUUGAGAGUUCACACCUUUACUUUGCCUCACUCCUACUACCCUUCCUGGAUUUCAGUUUUUAAAGUUAUCUCCCCGGAUGCAAUCUCCCUUAUUUUAACAAUGCAUUCUAAUAUGCUUUUAGCAGCACAUGCUGAGAAUUUCAAGUCCAGUUGUGUUUUUA